CGAAGACUUAAUCCGCCUGUGUCGGCGCGCGCUUCUUUGGGAAACAAAACAUGUCUUGGCUCAGUGUGGUUCACUACUGCCCCGUCAAAAAGGCAGCAAAAACAGAUAAAAUAUAUCCAAAUCAUCGGGGAGUUUUAAAAGUUAGCACACAAUCUUUGGUAUGAUACGUCUGGCGUGGAGUGUUUGGCGGAUUGCGCAGCGCUUCAGAUUGGAUGCUACAAGUUUGAAGUCGAAGCGCGUCUUGGAUGAGAAUACGCCUGGAAAUGGGGGAUCAGCGCCAAGGGUCCUCAAAAUGGAUUUAACCACCAUCACCUUCACUUCGCCGAACUCAUCCGCGGAUACUAAUAGCACGUCCGUGCCGAGACCCCCGCCGCAUUCACAGUGCGUGGCGAUGCUCAUUGUUCUCGUGGUUACCGUGAUCAUCUUGGUAACCAUAGUGGGGAACGUAUUAGUCGUGGUGGCCGUUUUCACCAGCCGCGCGCUGCGUGCGCCACAGAACCUCUUUCUGGUCUCUUUGGCGUCUGCUGAUAUUUUGGUGGCCACUUUGGUCAUUCCAUUCUCCCUAGCCAAUGAGGUGAUGGGCUACUGGUUCUUUGGAAGCACCUGGUGUGCUUUCUACCUGGCUCUGGACGUGCUCUUCUGCACUUCGUCCAUUGUCCACCUCUGCGCCAUAAGUUUGGACCGGUACUGGUCAGUCACCAAAGCGGUCAGCUACAACCUAAAGAGAACCCCGCGGAGAAUAAAGUUCAUGAUCACGGUGGUGUGGAUCAUUUCUGCGGUGAUUUCCUUCCCGCCGCUUCUCAUGACCAAACACGAUGAGCUGGAGUGCUUGCUGAACAACGAGACCUGGUACAUCCUUUCCUCUUGCAUGGUGUCGUUCUUUGCCCCUUGUCUCAUCAUGAUUUUGGUGUACUGCAAGAUCUACAGGGUGGCCAAACAGCGUGCGUCCACUGUGUUCGUGGCCAAGAACGGAAUGGAGCGACAACCGUCGCAAUCCGAGACCUGCUUCGUGCGUAAAGGCAAGUCAGAGACGGAGAGCCCCAGUAGCCACAGCUCGGGCAGUCGAGAGCGCAAAGGCGAGCUCGACGACAUCGAUCUGGAGGAGAGCAGCAUCUCCAACAGACAGAGGAACUCGCGCUUCGCCAAGAGCAGAAAGGUGGAGGGUGCACAAGCGUGCCCAAAGCAAAAUGGACGGCUGUCAUGGGCUUGUAGCCGCGGGUCGGAGCUCGAGCAGGAGCCGACCGCGCGUCAGCUGUCUUUGUCCAAGUCCAAACUGGCACAGAUGCGAGAGAAGCGCUUUACCUUCGUGCUGGCUGUGGUCAUGGGGGUGUUCGUGCUCUGCUGGUUUCCAUUCUUCUUCACGUACAGCCUUCAUGCAAUAUGUCGAGAAAGUUGCACAAUACCGGAUUCUCUAUUCAAUCUCUUUUUCUGGAUUGGUUACUGCAACAGCUCUGUGAACCCCAUUAUUUAUACAAUUUUCAACAGAGACUUUAGGAAAGCGUUUAAGAAGAUAAUGUGUCAGCAUUCUACACGCACGUAAAUGCACAUGUAUAUGGGUCAGUGACAAAUAAGAGUCAGAGGGGCAAUCUUUUGUAAA